AUGCGAUCUGCUACUCUUCUCGCUCUUCUCCCCUUUGCGCUGGCCGCUCCCUCCCGCCGGGCCGAGCCCGCUCCCAUUCUUCGCCCUCGCGGUGUCAAGCUUGUCGAUGGCAAGUACAUCGUCAAGAUGAAGAAUGGCUUCCAGGCUUCUUCCAUCGAGAGCUGGGUUGACAAGAUGAUCGAGUCCAUCGAGGCUGAUGCCGAUUACACCUAUUCCAAGGGCUUCGGCGGUUUCGCUGCCAGCCUCAAGGAUGAUGAGCUGAACAAGCUCAAGCAUGACCCCAAUGUCGAGUACAUUGAGCAGGAUGCUUACAUUAGCAUCACGGCUACUACUCAGCAGAGCAAUGCUCCUUGGGGUAUUGCUCGUGUCUCCAGCCAGAGCCCUGGUGGCAGCACUUACACCUACGACGACAGCGCCGGUGAGGGCACUUGCGCCUAUGUCAUCGACACCGGCAUUGAUGUCGACCAUCCCGACUUCGAUGGUCGCGCCAAGUUCCUCAAGAACUUCGCUGGUGGUUCCGACAGCGACGGUCAAGGCCACGGCACUCACGUUGCUGGCACCAUUGGUUCUACCACCUACGGUGUAGCCAAGAAGACCAGCCUCUUCGCUGUCAAGGUCCUCGGCGACGAUGGCUCUGGUACCAACUCUGCUGUCAUCGCUGGCAUGGACUUCGUUUCCGGUCACGCCAAGGAUGAGAACUGCCCCAAGGGUGUCGUUGUCAACAUGUCUCUCGGUGGUGAGACAUCCGAUGCCGUCAACCAGGCUGCCAAGGCCAUCGUCGAUGCCGGUCUCUUCCUCGCUGUCGCAGCCGGUAACGACGGCAAGGAUGCUUCUGGAUCCUCUCCUGCUUCCGAGGAGAGCGCUUGCACUGUCGGUGCCACCACUCGCGAUGACACUCUCGCCGACUACUCAAACUUCGGCUCUGUCGUUGACGUCCUCGCUCCCGGUACCGAUAUCCUCAGCACCUGGCCCAACGGCAAGACCAACACCAUCUCCGGUACUUCUAUGGCUUCGCCCCAUGUCGCUGGUCUUGCCGCUUACUUCCUCGGUCUGGGACAGAAGGCUGAGGGUCUCUGCGAUUACAUUGCCUCCAAGGCCCUUGAUGGAGUUAUUUCCAACGUGCCUUCUGGUACUGUCAACAAGCUUAUCAACAACGGUGUCGGUGGCAGCAACAGCAGCAGCAUCCACCACUAA